AAUAAUAUUUGCUUAUUAUUAAUAGUUAAACAACAUAUAUAAAUAAAUAACAUGCGUAGAUUUUAGUUUUUAAAAAAGGCAGAUUUUUUUUCAUAACCAUUCAGAUUUUUUGUAGAGGAGAAUAGUUUACAAAGGUAAACUAUUUUUGGAGGUGUUUUGUCUGUUUUGACUGUCUUGAUUUCAUUAGGCUAUCUUACAUAUCUACUUUAUUUAUAUUUUGAUAACGAUUUAUUACCUACUAUAAGCUCUCAAAUGCAUAACUAAACUACAGAAGUAAGCUAAACUUUUAACAAGAGCCUUUUUGGUUUCACAUUUAAUUCUCAGAAUUUAACUAUGGAUUAGCUAUAUUAAUAAACUGGAAAAGUCUUUCUUACCUUUUAGCUACAAUAAUUGACGUUCGCGUAUAAUACAAUUUAAACAGUGAAUCUUAAUUAUGUUAAUUGUGAUAAUGAUCCUAAUUUUGUAGGCUUCAAGUGUAUAGAUUAUGAUAGUAUUCCUGAUUCUGCAAAAGAAAUAUUUUCAAAUCCAACUAAUUUGAGUUAAUCUUUGUUCUCUCUUACUGUUGCACCAUGCUCAGGUCUCCCAAACUGCGCUGACAACUAAUUAAUAUAAAAUUAUAUAAUGCAAAAUUCAUUCUAGUUUUUAAUCAAAAUUAGAGUGAGCUAAUUUAAUGAAGAAGAAAAAUAAAUGGAAGAAACAUUUUUACUUGAUUACAUAUAAUUCGAUGAUAAUUUAAGCUUUUAAAAUCAAUAUGUUUUGUAAUUGUAAAAGACAACAAUUAAAACUGGGUAUAUCUUUUAAGAUUCAAAUACAACUAUUGAUGUGGCUAGUUAGAGGAGAUUAAUUACUUAUUACUCUCAAGACAACUUGUUGACUAAAGCUGGGUUUGUUGGUUAUGCAUAAUUUUAGUUUUUCCUUGAUUAAAUGUAAGUAAUAACUAAAAUUUAAUACCCACUAAUAACAGAAGUGUUUGCAUAAUUCUUACCCAUACUUAAUAUUUUAUUAGCUAUUGGUUUUAUUGGUAGACUUUUUGCAGAGUCAAAAAUGGUAAAAGAUAUUAAUAAUAUCUACUUAAAAGAAUAUUACAAGAAUACAGCAAUUAAAAUCAUUUAAAACCAAAAUAAAGAAAUUUUUCUAAAAAGCAAACAGGGUUCCUACACAGAAUAAAUAAAAUAUCUUCAUUAAAAUAUAAACGACAUAAAAUAGUUUAGGCAAAAGAAAGAAAAAACUAAACUAAAUUUUAAAUAAAAACUCUAGUCAGUAGUAUAUUCAAUUUUCAAAAAAAAGGAGGAAGACCUUAAAAAUUAACAAUAAGCAAAUUUAUUUAAGCUAAUUUAAAGUAAGACUGUGGAGAAUAUCAAUAUUUACUAACUUUAUAGAGAUAUUAUAGAGUUAAAAAUGGCCAUAAGGUUAUUGAUGUCCCCUGAACAAUACGCAGCAAUGUAAUUUUGUGGUUGCGAGAUUAAUCUUAAAAGUUAGCCUAUGUAAAUCGUCUAAAAUAAAUAGGAAGAAUUAUAAGUGAAGGAAGAGAUAAUAAAUGUUCAGCAGAAAAAUAUGUCGCCUUUGUCAUAAAAUUAAGACUUAGAAGAAUAAAUAAUUAGCAUCUCAGAAUGUAAAGAAAAUACAGCUUAAGUGAUUAAAACAAACAAAUAAGUGCACUUAAUAUUCAAUAGGGAUAAAACUAAAUCAAAUGAUGAAGAAUAAUUUAAAGAAGAAGAUGAUAUUUUUUCUCAUAAAUAGCUAAAUUAAAUCUAAAAACAUGACUAAGUGCAACAGACAUCUUUACAUAAGAUAACAACUCUCUCAUAUAAUCAUUUGUAAGUUAUCGAGGACAUGUUAAAUAAUAAAGAUAAUAUAUUUUCACUCUUAUAAAGCUUUAUUGAAAAAAUAAAUAACAGUAAAUAACAGUUAUCACAAACUGAUUUAAAUAUUUACUCUUCACUAAUAGGACUUGAUUAAAAUAUGAAAAUACUAAGCACUUAAGAAAUAAAAUAUAAUUCAUCCUUAUGA